GAAACCAAACCCCCCAAACGGUCAUCAUCCCUUCGCCUCUCUCUCCGCUCCCCGAUUCGAAUUCAUGGCCAAAGGCGGCGAAGGCGGCGCGGCGGCGCCCCCUCGGGACCCGCUGGUCUACCUUCCCCAGUGGCGCCGCCUGUACGACCGCCUGCUCAAGAUGCUGCGCGAGGAGCACGCGCUUGCCGAGGAGCUCUCCGUCGAACGCGCGCACCUCAUCGCCGAGCUCGAGUUCCAGCGCAACGGCCGCCGCGAGCGCGAGGAGAUCUUCAGGACCCGCAUCGAGCAGAUCUGGAGGGAUGAGGAGCGCAGGAAGAGGGUCGAGAAGGCCGAGAGAGCGGUGCUUAUUGGGGGAAAGGAUCUGGAGAGUCGCUGCUACCAGAAGCUCGCAGAACUCGCAGAUAGCGACACUGAGGAUUUGAGAAGUUUUAUUUCUACUUUGACUGCCGAAAAUUCCGAACUAAAGGCAAAAGUGAAGGAGGCUGAAAGUCAGGCACAGCUUAAUGAAAACAAUGUGGAUCACCAGCACAGUGGAAAAGAUCUGAGGGUAGAGUUAAGGAAACUAAAGCAAGCUUACAAGACCCUGAGCUCAGAGAAGGACAGGCAAAUUUCAGCAUUGACUGCAGAAAAGGAUUUUGUGUGGAACCAAUUUAAAACAAUGGAGCAGGAAUACAUUGUGACCAUUAAGAACAAGAACAUAGAGGCAAAGCAAGCUAAUGAAGCAGCACAGAAGCUUCAGCACAAUGUAGAUGAACUGCAAGAAGCAGCCCAAGAGAAGGAUGAUGAAAUCGCCAGACUGCAAGCAGAAGUGACUAAUGCCAAAGAGAAGAUGUUGAUUCUUGAGGAUGAGCUCCAACAAAUGCACUCCUUGGUCAAAGCUAGAGAUGCUGAAGCUGGUAAAAAUAAAGAUGAUCAACCUGAGACUAGUCGAAAGUCAAAGAAGGAUAUUAAGGGGACAAACAGAAAAUCUAAGUCUGAAGGCCCUCUUUCAAAGGAAAAAUCAAGAACUUCCCAGGUCACACCAGACAGGAGAGAUGUGAAGACUUCCAGAACUCGUGCCUCUGAGUCUAGUCAAAAGCGUAAGCGCGGCUCUUCCAUAUCAUGUGGUUCCCGGCGAUGCUCCACAAGGCCGCUGCAAGUUAAAGCUGCUGUGUCACCCAUGCUCCUCCCGCCCAGUUUCACGGUUCCAAAGCUGAAGACCCCAACCCCUCCCUAACCUGAUUUUUGACGACCUUGUCUGAUGUGCUGACUUUUGCAAUUGUCGACACACCCGGCUCUGACAGUAUUUAGGUGAGGCUAAGCUUAUCAGUGCUCGCGGGACUGGCUCCGUCCCUGCUGCGACAUUGUAUGGACGAUAAACUGUGUUGUAACAUAGUUCUCGUCUCCUUGUUAGAGUGCUUGGAACAUAUGUGUUGGUGCGGUGCCAACAGAGGGUUUCCAUGUAUCAUGUAUGUUGUUUAUGUAAGCUUAUCACUUGCUGUCCGUAUACCGGCUUUAACCUGAAGCUGCAAUGAAUGGAUGAUUGGCAUAGCUUAACGUAGUUCCGAUUCAUCU